AACCCGUGUUUGGACCGAGCAGUUUGAAGGAUGGUUUGCGUCUAAGCGCAGCUGGACUCAGAGGCACACAGACCGCUGACGCUCCGCCAGAGGAAGCAUGUCCUCCCCGGUGAGCAGACGGAACAGCUGCCGAGGAGUCGCGGCUGGAGGCAGAGCAUCCUUGGACUGCCACCUUGGCCGCCGCCGGGCCUCCAGCUGCCCUUAUUUCUCCCCUGAAGACCUCUCGGUCAGCCUGAACCAGCCCCUGUUUGCCAUAACGCUCCGGUUCCUGCUGGCAGUGGAUCUGUGGCUUUCCAAAAAGCUCGGAGUUUGCGCCUGUGAGAAGUCGCCGUUGGGCAGCAUAAGGCCCCUGGUUCGACUGGUGGAGUUCUCCGGCCAUGUCAUCCCGUGGCUGGUCGGCACCGUGUACAAUCUGUGCCGCGGGGACAGCGUGGAGGAGCAGGAGGUCAUGCUGAAUUUAACUCUGGCUCUCAUUCUGGAUCUGAUGCUGGUCAGAGCUGUGAAGAUGUUAGUGAGACGCCGAACACCCGCCCAGAACCGCUCCGAUAUCCUCUCAACCUUCUUCGUAGAACGUUACUCCUUCCCCUCAGGCCACGCUUCAAGAGCGGCCAUGUGUGCCCGUUUCUUCCUCGCCCAGCUGGCAGACACGGCCUCCAUGAGGGUCCUGGUGCUCGGCUGGGCCGCCCUGGUCAGCCUUUCCAGGCUGCUGCUCGCUAGGCACUAUGUGACGGAUGUGGGCUUUGGUUUGGCCAUGGGUUACUGCCAGUACAGCAUGGUGGAGAGGGUGUGGGUGACUUGGGACUGUCUGCAGGACCUGCUGUUUAUUCGGCUGAGAGAAACCCUGGACAGGGCUUAUGACGGACUGUGGACAGUAGAUGAUUGGAAACAUUAGAUCAGAUGUGUGUGUCUGUGUUUGUGGGUGCAUGUUUUAGUUUUAGUAAUGAGAAAAGCCUGUUUGUUUGAAAGACAAAAAUCCAGCAGAAGUUCAGUAACUUUUCAAAUAAAGUCCUUCAGGUGGCAUUUUG